CGCUAUCAGUUUUUUUGUGACCAAAAGUUUUUAUCUGCGUAAUGUAAAUUGUGAUGCGGAAUUAAAAGGCUUGUGUCCAGAAAGCGGAAGACCGGCAACCGGAAUCCGGCACCUGGCAUCAACUGGACCAAGGGACCAGCACCCAUGAUGAACGAUGCGACCUUUCCGGGAUAUUAUGGUGGCAACCAGCUGCAUUUGCUCCCGCUGUCGCAUCCGCAUCCUUCACAUCCGCACCAGGACCUGUCGCUUUCCACGCCGGUUCACUCCUUGGAGCAGGACUCCAACUUUGGGGGAUUCUUCGACGACGAGCUGGUCAUCGGAUCGGGAUCCGGAAUCACCUCCGCGUCUGCUGCAAAUGCCACCGCUUCCAGUACUAGUUUAUGGCUGCCCGAUGGCGGGAACCGAUCGCCUCCAGAGGUGGCGGUGGAAUCCCAGCCCAAUCAGGGCAUUCCGUUUGUCCAGAUCCACACCACCGACUUGCAGCAACCGGAGAAGAGCUACCGCAAUGCCUUCCGCAGGCGCACAGCGGAAAUCAAGUCGGAGGAACUGAUCAAGUCGGAACUUGCGGAAGCGGCGGCCAAGGAUCGUCUGAAUGCCACGCCAACGCCUCCAACUCGGAAUUCCAGCUGCGCCAGUGUGGAGGGCAAGGCAAUGGUGCAGGAAGGCCCGCCCCUUAUCCUGCGCUGUCCCAAUUGUCCAUUCCUAAGCCUCUGCCAGGUGCGCCUUCAACAACAUCUUAACCAGGGCAACUGCUAUAUGGAGCAGCACAGGAAACAGUGUCCAGGCUGCUCAAACAUAUUCUACACCAGCGAUGCGCUCAGCUUGCACCUCAGCUUGGACCAUCAAAUGGAGGACAAUGAGACACUCACUCUGGUGAGCGGAAAUGUCACGGAAGCACAGACCAAAAAGCAGACACAGAUGUCGCAGAGCCAAACCCGACCCAAGAGUCGCAUCUUUAUAAAGAGCGUGGACUGCUUGAGGGAGCCACUCCCGGAUUUCUCGCCCCUAAUGCCGGAUAGCGGGUCCACCGCUAACAUUCUUGAUCUGCUGGAAGGUGUGGCUGUCGGUGCAUCGCCGGCCGAACAGACUAUGCCACCAGCACCUGCUGCGAAUUUACCCGCUCCUCCGCCAAAGCCCAGCCAGAAGAUCUCCAUCAAGAGCGUGGACGUGCUCAGAGAGCCCGCCUUGCUGCCCUUCGACUUCCAGCUGCAGAAUCAUUCGCUCAUUACGGACAACAGUCUCCUUGAAGUUCCUGAUGUGGGCGGGGAGCCGGAGAAGCCGCGUCAGCCGAAGAUUUAUAUCCGCAAUGUAGACAUCCUCAAGGAACCGAUGGUUCUGCCAUCUGCUCUGCCCGGCCUGGGAUUCAAUAGCAGCAUGCCGUCGGCAGCAGAUCCCGGGCAAAGUGUACUAGCUGUAGGAGGAGCAGAUGGUGAUGUCUUCCAGGCGGAGACACUGCUCACGCCCACGUGUCAGCUUCCAGGAUUCGAGCCCAGCCUCGCCCCGCUGGCACAGAUGUGUACCGAGGCAUUUCCGUUCGAUUCUGUGCUGAAUGGCAAUGGAGCGCCUGCCUCUAAUUUGGAAAACACACGUUUCAGUGCCUUGGACCUAGAUUUUGGCGUGGAUUUCGUUUCGGAAGAGGCAACUCCGCCGCCACCGCUCAAUGAUCCACUGACAAUAAUGGAACCACAGCCUGUCCAGCUGGAGCACUACUUGCCGCCUACGGCUCCCAUCACCAACAAGCAAAAGAUCUUCAUCAAAAACGUGGACAUUUUGAAGGCACCGCAGAGGGGCACCUUGCACCUGCGCACUGUGGACGAACUGAACCUGAUGAAUCGCACCGAUGUGGAGCACUUAAUCGUGCCCAAUCUGGAGCCGAUGGCAAUGACCAUGAUGGAGCUUCCGCCCGUGCAGCAGCAGCCUAUGGAUGUGAAUUCACAGCUCAAGGGGCCAUCGCAAGCGCUGGGCGAAUUCCAGCCCUCUAUUAGCGGGAGUUGGCCCAGCGAGGAUGGCUAUGACCUAGCUGAGGAUCUGGAGUGCUGGCCCUGGAUGGAAGAUGCUGUACCAGAAGCUGGACUCGGUCUGCCUACACCCAGUGAAGUGGCUGAUGCUCCCCCACUCGAUGGCUUGGCUCACGCUGCAGAGGAUCUGCUGGUCAAGGAUUUUGCGCAGUUGUACGCCACACCGCCGGAGGACACACACAGCGCAGAAGAAGCAACUGCAGCCGGAGGACGAGGGACAGUGCCACCUCUAGUACCGGUAACAUCUUCGGGAGGGACAACCUCUGUAGCUCAAAGUGCACCCUUGGGUAGUUUGCCGGUUCCGCCGCUGGUUCCCUUGGCAGGCGAGAUGGCUCCUGCAUCCGAAAAGCCUGCCCGCAUCUAUGUGGCCAAUAAUCUCCUUCCCACCGCCGUGGAUCCACCGCUGCUUGGAGGCGGCACCUCGGUCAGGGGCCGUCCCUACGGCGCCAAGCACUCUGGCGGAGCAGCUGCCAAAAGGAAGCCUUCUCAGGGGCCCAAUCAAGUGCCAGAGGGAGGCAAGUGCGUGGUGGAGGGGUGUAUGUUCCGCUUUAAGUCGCCCGCAACUUUGGAGUAUCACGGCAGAUGCCACAAUGGAUCCCUCAGCUCUAACCAACCAAUGGUGUGCCCGGAAUGCAAGUCCAGCAACUUUAGCAAUUGGAACUGCCUGCAUACGCACCUCUGGCGCACCCACCAGAUCGACAUGGAGCUUUACUCCUGCCAGCUGUGCAGCUUUAAGACGCCCAUCUACUCGCGUCUCGUGAACACCCACGCUAAGAUCCACUCGGAGGAGCGAAACUAUAAGUGCGAGCAGUGUGGCAAGGGAUUCAAGAACACCAAGCAACUGAAGAACCACCGUCGUUUGCAUCGCACGCAAGGAUUGGGCAUGGGAAAGCAGUCGAAUGAGCAGAUUUUCGCGGGACCAGAAGCCAAUCCCGUCGUAAUGCAUCGCUGCGAGGAUUGCGGCGCCGCCUUCAAGCAGAAGAAAACCCUGAGGGAGCACCUAUGUAAGGAGCGAAACGAACAGCUGGAGUGCCCCGAGUGCCAGCGCCGUUUUGGUUCCAAGAGCAGUCUGAGACUUCAUCUUCGAAGCCAUCAGGACCCGAAGCGCUUCCGCUGCGACACCUGUGAUCAUGAGACCAGCGAUCACAACGCUUUUCGGCGCCACCUGGCCACGCACAAGGAGAGGAAACGCUACUCCUGCCCGCACUGCGACUUCCGCGCCAUCCAGAGCACCGCCUUUCGGAUACACCUUCAGAAGCGCCAUCCUGAACAGGAGCUGUCCACCAUCAUAUACAAGUGCGACCAGUGCAACUUCACCAGCAUCAAUCAGGGCCUGCUGCAGGUUCACCAGGCCAAGCAUGAAGUCGGAAAUCCCAAUCAAGCCGUAGCUUCAUCCCAGGGUGAUGUCCCAGUGGCUAAACAAUCACAGAUCAAGGUGGAGAGCAACUUGGUGCUCGCUCAUUCCAGUACAAAAGUGGCUGCGGAGGUGACCAAGUGUCAGGAGAAUGUCCUGCAGGCUUCCUAGGGACGAGUUCUGUACAUAUUUUAGAAGAUAGGUUGCGCAAGAACAAAGUGCCGCUUAGUUUUUACCGAGUUUUAUACCAAAAUUGUACCAAUGUUAUUAGUGUUAAGGACGCGGGAAGUCACUUCAAAAAGCAGAACUCCGAUGCAGAUGCUUGCUUCCUGUGGAAGGAUGAUUGAAGUGCAAUCCUGGACUUCGGAAUUCUUCGAAGAAUAUCUUUUGACUUUUUCGUUUUUCUUUUCCUGUACAUGUUCCCCUAGAAUUUUAAGAGCCCGUUGCUGUACAUAAGUAUGUAUAUAAAGGUAUAUUGGUAAAGGCUUUAUUAAUUGAACCCCAGUUUCAUUCCCUUAGUGUACAUAGCAAGCUCGGAACAGAAAUACAUUUACAAAUCUCAAACCCA